GGGUUUUUAUUUUUCUAAUUUCCACAGAUCCGCGAUCACUUCAUAGAUCAAGUUGCCAUUUUAUUAGUGUCCAUGAUUCCACGUCUCAUCGAGACACAGACAGAGAGAAAGAGAACCAGCCUUCAUUAAUUUGAAUGAAUUAAGGAUCUGGACAAUAUUUGCACACGUGGGUGGGAGAGGAAUCAUUAAUGGAUGAUGAACAUUAACUGCUAUAAAGGCGAAGGAGCUGGAGAUCGUCCAUCAUGGGCCACUUUGAAAAGAUAAGCUUUCCUAGGUAGAAAGGUAAGCUUCAAUAUCUACAGAUACUCUCUCUUUCUGCGGCAUCUUAGAGUAAAUAAAGGAAUCGCAGAAAUGGAGAUUUCAUCGGCGAAAUGGCUUUCUGAAUUGGGUAUGGAUGAUUACAACUACAUCAACCAAUGCCACAUGAACAGUACUCUUGAUGAUGGGUUUGCCACUGCGAUGGGAGAGAAUUUCCAACAAUCUUUCUCUUCUGAAAGCUAUUGUUCAUAUCCUCCUGCCUUCAAUACCAAAAACACCAUCACCACCACCGCCACUACCUUCAGUAAUUCUUCUAUUGAAACAUCUCAGAACAGCUUUAAGAGGCCCGCCAAACAGCCAAAGACUAACAGUUGGAACUCUGGCGUUACAGAGCAAUAUGUUUCACCAAAACCUUCUUCUUCCUCCCAUAUUCUUUCAUUUGAGAAUUCGAACUCGCUGCCAGCCAACCCUAAGCAGUUCUUUUCAACUCUUGACCCUACUUUGGAGCUGAAGGGCGACGAGGUUGUCUCCCAAGUAAAUAUACACGGAUCUUUGGUUUCCAAGGGUUCAGUAGAGAACCAGAGCUUUGCACCAAAAGCCAGCCACGAGAAUAAGAGGGCCUACUCAAUGAUUAGAACGCCUACAAAUGCUCAAGAUCACAUAAUCGCCGAGAGAAAGCGUAGAGAAAAGCUCAGCCAACGGUUCAUAGCUCUUUCAGCCAUUGUUCCUGGCCUAAAGAAGAUGGACAAAGCUUCUGUUCUUGGAGAUGGUAUCAAGUACUUAAAAGAGCUUCAAGAACGCGUAAAAUAUCUGGAGGAACAGACCAAGAAGAGAACUGUGGAAGCUGUAGUUUUUGUGAAGAAGUCUCAGCUCUCUGCCGAUGACGACACUUCUUCCUGUGAUGAAAACUUCGAUGGCCGCCGCUCCGACGAAGCACUCCCCGAAAUAGAAGCAAGAAUUUCAGAAAAGGAUGUACUUAUCCGAAUCCACUGCGAGAAACACAAAGGAGUAAUUGUGAAAAUACUGAGCGAAAUAGAGAAGCUUCAUCUAUCUGUUGUCAAUAGCAGUGUCUUGCCAUUUGGGAAUUCCACACUCGCUGUAACCGUUAUUGCUCAGAUGGACGAUGAAUCCGACAUGACAGCGAAGGAUUUAGUGAAAAGCCUACGCGUGCUUUUACUAAAGAACAUAUAAAUUCAACAUGGUAGACAAAGAUCAGUUCGUGCAUUAAUUGUUGCUUUGGAAAUUUAUCGACAUUUUUUUUUUUUUUUUUGGACCAUUUGCCUUGACAGAAGCUUUGUACUGUCGUGAGGAUUCUAUACUGCCGGAGGGUUUUUUUCUUGUUCUUGUUUUUGCGUGGUUGACUAUAGUUGACCAUGUUGAAUCACCCGCUCGCUGUAAAACAUAAACCUCACGGCUAUAGUUUAUGAUCAUUGAUCAUGACCAGGAAUUUUGAGAUUUCGAGGCUUAUAAUCAUAAUGAAAUCUCUUUUUCAUAAGGCAAAAUUGUGGUCUGUGUUUUUGUACUACAGAGAGAAGAGAGAAGCAGGCCAGGCAUUUCUCUUAGAAAUUAAUUGGAUCAGGGCAGUAGGGAGAUUUGUCUCUUGGGUCUUCAUAUAUAUGAAAUCAUCCCUUCUCUAAACUCUACUUCUAGCUGUAUACUGAAUUUUUGAGCUGCAUUUCUUUUAUAAUCAAUGUAACCUCUGUCUGAAUUAUGAAAUUAAGCAAUACCAAGAAGCUGAUUUUUCAUCUUU